AGAUCCAGGUUUGCUUCUCAGGCUGCUUUUGACUUCUCUGGACAGUAGCAGUACUCUGAAUCUGACAUGAUUCUUCCCAGUUCUACUGCUGCAGAUGGAAUUUUGACUACAAGGAAUGAAAAUUGAUAGGACUUAUUGGUGCUUAUUCUGCUAUAGCCUGGCAAGUCUCUGAUCAGCAGCAAAGGUACUAAAACUGUAUCUGGAAUUUAGGAAGCUGGACUUUUCUCUUUCCCUGCCCACUGAAAUAAGUGGAUACCUGCAAAGAAAAAAGAAGUGGAAGCCAUUAACAUACGUUGUUCAGAGAGAACACUAAAUCAACACAAUAUGGCACAGCAUAGUGUUGUCCUUGGAUUAUUCAUGAUGAUGGUUUUAUCACUGCUGGAUGGAAGUUCAGCUUUCCUGUUAAAUCAGCGUCUGAAGGGAAGAUUUCAAAGAGACCGUAGAAACAUCCGCCCAAACAUCAUCCUUGUUCUUACUGAUGAUCAGGAUGUAGAACUUGGUUCUAUGCAAGUGAUGAAUAAAACAAGACGUAUCAUGGAGCAUGGAGGUGCUCAUUUCAUCAAUGCCUUUGUGACAACACCAAUGUGCUGCCCAUCUCGCUCCUCCAUUCUUACAGGGAAAUACGUCCACAACCACAACACCUACACUAACAACGAGAACUGUUCUUCUCCAUCCUGGCAGGCUCAGCAUGAAAUACGUACAUUUGCUGUGUACCUCAACAACACAGGAUAUAGGACAGCUUUCUUUGGAAAGUACCUUAAUGAAUAUAAUGGUUCCUAUGUGCCUCCUGGUUGGAAGGAAUGGGUUGGAUUACUUAAAAAUUCUCGAUUUUACAACUACACACUCUGUAGAAAUGGAGUAAAGGAGAAACAUGGAUUUGACUACUCCAGGGAUUAUCUUACUGAUCUGAUAACCAAUGACAGUAUUACCUUCUUCAGAAUAUCAAAGAAGAUGUAUCCUCACAGGCCUGUUUUGAUGGUUAUAAGCCAUGCUGCUCCUCAUGGCCCUGAAGAUUCAGCCCCUCAAUAUUCACAUCUCUUUCCUAACGCUUCACAACACAUGUAAGGAAAAAUAAAACCCUGAUAUUUCCAG